CGACGAGUCUCAAGCGGAUCGGGAGGUCGAGUUGAUGAUCCUUACAACGCUCGGCUACUGCCAACCCAACUUGCACAUAGCAUACUUCCUUCAAGCCUUGCCUUAUCUUUUCAGCGUUGCAUGGACCAGAAUUUCGAGCAUCAACUCUGGAAUCGAGUCUCCCAGCAUUGACGUGACAGAAAGCCCGUUCCUCAAACGAUCCCUGCGCCGCUGGUAUAUAUUUCCUUCCGCGACAAUCUCGAGCCUUUCUCGACGCCUCAGCAUCUCACAGUCCGACCUUGCUUGUUUGUUGUGCUAGUGUUCUGUUUGGAGGGCAGUCGAAGUCAUCAAUCUACGUAUCAUGGCAACUCUUCGCCUCCUGAUCGAGGACGGCAAAUUCGUCGACCCAUCCGGCCGCCAGGUCAUUCUCCGUGGCAUCAACGUUGCUGGCGACGCAAAAUAUCCGAGCGAGCCCUUCGACCAACCCUCGCAGGUAGCUGACGACUUCUUUGACGGCGACAACGUCAGCUUCCACAAGAGACCUUUUACAAAGGAUGAUGCGCACGUACACUUCGCGAGGCUGAGAAGAUACGGGUACAACACCAUCCGAUAUGUCUUUACAUGGGAGGCCAUUGAGGCCAAAGGCCCUGGGAUCUAUGAUGAGGACUGGAUAAGUCACACCAUCGAGGUGUUGAGGGUAGCCAAGAGCUAUGGCUUCUUUGUGUUCAUGGAUCCCCAUCAGGAUGUGUGGUCGCGUUUCAGCGGCGGUUCCGGAGCGCCCAUGUGGACGCUCUACCUUGCCGGCCUCAACCCUCAAUCCUUCGCUGCCACCGAAGCCGCCAUCGUGCAAAAUACCUACCCUUCUCCCGCAGAUUUCCCCAAGAUGAUCUGGUCUACCAAUUACCAACGCCUCGCCGCCGCGACCAUGUUUACCCUCUUUUUUGCCGGCAAGGAUUUUGCGCCCAAGUGCGUCGUAGACGGCAUAAACGUCCAAGAUUAUCUACAAAAGCACUUUUUUGGUGCGAUGGAGCAUCUGGCGCAGAGAAUCAAGGAGGCUGGCGACGUUUUGAACGAUGUUGUGUUUGGGUGGGAAAGCAUGAAUGAGCCUGCACGAGGGUUGAUUGGCUUCGAGGACCUCAGUGUGAUUCCGAAAGAGCAGGCUCUCAAGAAGGGGACGUGUCCGACGAUUUGGCAGGCGAUACUCACUGGGUCGGGCAGAGCCUGUGAGGUUGAUGUGUGGGACAUGGGGGGUCUAGGGCCAUACAAGACGGGCAAGGCCUUGAUUGAUCCUCGAGGAGAGUCAGCGUGGUUGCCAGCUGACUAUGAUGACUCGAGAUACCAAUGGAAGCGAGAUCUGGGCUGGAAGCUAGGGGAGUGUCUGUGGGCACAACAUGGGGUCUGGGAUCCAAGCACGGACACCCUGCUGCGAAAGGACUAUUUUGCGAACGAUCCAAAAACAAAGAAGCCCGCCGACUAUCCUUUCUUUACGAACACCUGGUUUAUGGAUUUCUACAGACGGUACCGGGACACGGUACGGGCUCAUCACCCAGAGGCUAUCAUGCUCUGCCAACCUCCGGUAUUGGAGCUCCCGCCAAGCAUCAAAGGGACCGAGGAUGAUGACCCUCACAUGGUGUACGCGCCACAUUACUACGAUGGAAUCACGUUGAUGACGAAGAAGUGGAAUCGGACAUGGAAUGUCGACGUGCUGGGAAUCUUACGAGGACGAUACCUGACACCCGCAUUUGGAAUCAAGAUCGGAGAGACUGCGAUCCGCAACUGCUUCAGAGAUCAGCUGGCCGCCAUGAGAAAGGAAGGCCUAGACUAUAUGGGCAACCACCCAUGUGUCUUGACGGAGUUUGGGAUACCAUUCGACAUGGACGACAAGGCAGCGUACAAGAAUGGUGACUAUUCGAGUCAAAGCGCGGCCAUGGACGCCAAUCACUUUGCGGUAGAGGGCAGUGGCAUGGAAGGCUACGCCCUCUGGGUUUAUUGCACCAAUAAUGUCCACCAAUGGGGCGAUCAGUGGAAUGGAGAGGAUCUCUCCAUCUAUUCACUUGAAGACAAAGCCCUACCCGUCUCCGCCGUGCCACAGGCGAAGCCCGACUCCCUCUCCUCGUCCAAUGCGCCCUCCGCAUCCCGGCCGUCAGAAGACCUAGCUGUGACUCCUAAUAAUCUCAAGCGCACGAUCACUAACCCAUCCAUAUCAACAUCUUCACCGACCGAGGCCGAUGCCUCCGCUAUCCUUACCAGCCCAGCCAUGCGCACCACAGAUCGUGCACUCAAUUCCCAUCCCGGUUUCCGUGGUGCCGAAGCCUAUGUGCGUCCCGCGCCAGUCUUUGUCGUGGGGGACAUCACGCACUACGUCUUUGACCUCAAGACCUGCACCUUCACCCUGUCGCUGCGCACACCCAAAGAGACGACUGCCGAUAAUGCCAGCGAGUUCUUCCUGCCUGAGUUCCAUUUCCCGCGGGAUGGCUGCGUUGUGGAGACCAGCGGGGGCAAGUGGGAAAUCUCGACGGACGAAGGAGAGGUACAGCGCCUGAGAUGGUGGCACGGGAAGGGAGAGCAGAACCUGAAGGUGACUGGUGUGGUGAGAAGGAUGAAUGGGGGUGGAGAGGAAGGCUCCUAUACGGACGGAGACGAGCCAGGGUACUAUGAGGUUGUGAGUAAUUGGCUUGGGCAGGGGUGUAAUGUGAUGUAGAUGGAUUGUUUGGAUUUUUUGGAUUUUAUUUGGUACGAGAUUGAUUACUGGAGGUAAAGGACUUGCGGAUCAGGAAGUGGGCUUGCGCAACGGGUACAUAAUGUUUCGAGGGUGGGCCAGACCGUGCCUGUAUACCAUCCCCUGUGUCGAUACUGCGGGCUUUGAGAUGGAAUUGCAAGAAUUGAGUACAUAUUUCUGGC